UUUUUUUCCUCUCUCUAAUCUCUAUCAUCAACCUCUUCGCUAGGAAGGAAAAGAAACCAAGAAACCCUCUCCUCUCUUCUCCUCCUCCUCCUCUCCUCGCUCGUGGCCGCCACCAUGUCAGGCGGCCUCUACAACCACCAGGGUUUCUCCCCGGCAAGAACCCUCUCGCCCCAGAUUAGGAGCAACCCCGAGGCCGAUAGCCAGUACUUGAGCGAGCUGCUCGCGGAGCAUCACAAGCUGGGGCCUUUCAUGCAGGUGCUGCCGAUAUGCAGCCGGCUGCUCAACCAAGAAAUCAUGCGGGUAUCAAGCAUGGUCAACGACCAUGGAUUCAACGAUUUUGACAGGCGUCGUUAUAGAAGUCCGAGUCCCAUGUCUUCGCCAAUUAUGAGACCCAACCUACAUGGCAAUGGAUUUGGGCCUUGGAAUGGCAUACACCAAGAGAGAUUAGGCUUUCCUCCUCCUCCUCCUCCUGGGACAAGUAUGGACUGGCAAGGCGCACCGCCAAGUCAUGGCUCUUAUAUUGUCAAGAAGAUUGUACGCAUGGAGGUUCCAGUUGAUGCUUACCCUAAUUUCAAUUUCGUGGGACGUAUUCUAGGACCGAGGGGUAAUUCUCUAAAGCGGGUUGAAGCAUCAACUGGUUGUCGUGUUUUCAUUAGAGGGAAGGGUUCUAUCAAAGAUGCUGAUAAGGAGGAGAAGCUGAAAGGAAAACCUGGCUAUGAGCACCUCAAUGAUCCACUGCAUAUCUUGAUUGAAGCUGAGUUGCCAGCCAAUAUCAUUGAUACAAGAUUGAGGCAGGCACAAGAAAUAAUGGAUGAACUGCUAAAACCAGUGGAUGAGUCGCAAGAUUACUAUAAAAGACAACAGCUGAGGGAACUGGCAAUGCUGAACUCUACUCUGAGAGAGGACAGUCCUCAUCCAGGAAGCGUCUCCCCUUUCAGCAAUGGUGGCAUGAAACGUGCAAAACCGAGCCAUUAGCAAAUAUGGUUCGACCUCACCGCUUUCAUCAAGGUCAAGGAGCUCCUACACGGCUAUGCCCCUAGGCAUGCCGUCGAGCUUGAGUGGUUCGUUGUAUGGGCUAUUGUGUAAAAAACAGUAUGCCUUUUACUGGAUGAUUAGUCUGGUACCAAAUGGUUCUCUCCUCUGGAUGAGGAGAUCGAUGGUUAAAGCUGCCUCAAAUCUUUUGGCCGGUCCAGAUGUGUUGUUGUAACUUGUAAGGUUCACAUUCAUUUUGUUCUUUAUCGACUGUUAACCCUGCUAGCUUGUGAUGCUAAGAUAGGUGGUUUUCCCUUUUUUCAGGAGAGAUUAGAGAAGUCUUGGUAAUGUAAGAUUUCAGUUUAGAAGUUGAGUUAGAUUGCAUCAUAUUUGCCUGAACAUCAUGGAGUUGCAAAAUGCAGAUCAUGACCGUGUUAUGCAAUAGUUUGAUGGGAAAAAUCUUUGAAUUAACCAUGUGGAUUCAGGGCUCUCUGUAUUGCAGUGUGGUGGAUGGUUCGAAAGUUUUAUGUUUGCUUUA